CCAGAAUUCGGGACUCAGGAGAAAAGAAGAAAUCGCACGCGAGGCGAUGGACGUAGACCAGUCAUCAUCGCGUCCGCCUCUUAAAUACAAUGACCAUAAAGCCCCUCACACGUGCUCAUGACUUACGGCGCCGUUCAUUUCACCUGGACACCCGACUUCUGUGAGGUAUGUCCAGAGAAGCUGCCGAAUUAUGAAGAGAAGAUAAAGAAUUUCUUCAAAGAACAUCUUCAUACCGAUGAAGAGAUUCGAUACUGUGUGGCUGGAAGUGGUUAUUUUGAUGUUAGGGAUCACAAUGAUCAAUGGAUUCGUGUGUGGGUGAAGAAAGGUGGAAUGAUUGUUUUACCUGCAGGAAUUUAUCAUCGCUUUACUCUUGAUACUGACAACUACAUCAAGGCAAUGAGGCUUUUUGUUGGUGACCCAAUUUGGACUCCUUUCAACCGUCCUCAUGAUGAUCUUCCUGCAAGGAAGGAAUAUCUUGAAAAUUUUUUAAAGAAUGGUGGUAGCCAGACCAUUGAUGCUACAGCAUGAAAUUGGCAUGUGCUCCUCUCUGUUAUUUCAAAGGAUACUAUAAAUAAAUUGAAAUAAGAACGGAAAAUAGACUAUAUUUUGGUACAAUAAAGGCGUCCAGGCUUGUAUGCUGGAUGUGGUGUAUGCUGUAUAGAUGGUGCAUUUGGCUCAUCUCUAUGGUUUGUUAGUCUGGUGUACUAUGUUGCAUAUUGGCUACUGGUAUUGUAGUGUGCUUGUUAUUAGUUAUGCUAUAUUUCAUUAGCUGUUCAUGGACAGGCUUCCAAUGAAUGGGAUAUAAAUACAUUUGUGGUUGUGAUAAGGUUACAUCUAUUAAAAAAUAAGUAUUAUUUUUUAUGUUAAGUUUAAGAUUUAAGUUUGUCAUUUAAAAAAAAAAAAAAAAAAAAAAAAAACGGAUACCAUAAAUAAAUUGUGACAUAAGAACGGAAAAUAGACUAUAUUUUGGUACAAUAAAGGCGUCCAGGCUUGUAUGCUGGAUGUGGUGUAUGCUGCAUAGAUGGUGCAUUUGGCUCAUCUCUAUGGUUUGUUAGUCUGGUGUACUAUGUUGCAUACUGGCUACUGGUAUUGUAGUGUGCUUGUUAUUAGUUAUGCUAUAUUUCAUUAGCUGUUCAUGGACAGGCUUCCAAUCAAUGGGAUAUAUAUACAUUUGUGGUAGUAAUAAUCAGUGUUUUGAAAA